AUGACUAGUAAAGAUGCACCUCUUACAGAAGAUGAACAAAAAGAUAGUAAAGCUUUAACCCAAUUUUUUGGAGAAGAUAUAAAUGACAAUACCCCAUCACAAAGUCCAAGACUUCCAGAAAUAAGUAAUGAAGAAUAUAAUAAAGAGUUCGAAGAAUGGAAAGAAAAAAUUAAAGACUUUGAAGUAAUGAAUUUAAUGAUAAAGGAAAAAGAAGAAAAAUUAAAAAAAAAAGAAAAUGAGUUAAUGGAUAAAGAAAAAAAACUUUUAGAUCAAGAAUCAAAUGUUCGUUCACGUGAAGCAGAAGUUAUGCUUUGUGAUAUUCAAUACGAUAAAAAAGAAGAAAAGUUAAAAGAAAUAGAACAAAUAUUAGACACAAAAAAAAAAGAGUUAAAGGAAUUACAAUUACAAAUCAAAGAACAACAAAAAGUACUUGAUGAAAGGAUUAAAACAAUUGAAACUAAAGAACAAUCAGUUGAAGGAAAAAAGAAACAAUUAGAAAUAGAUGAAAAGGUAUUAAAAAUUAGAAUGGAAGAAGCAGAAAAAGUUAUUAAAUCACCAGAAAAUAUUAGUCGUGUACAUUCUAUGGACUUAUGUAAUCUUAGUACAUUAGCGUCUCCAAGAAGUCGUGGAAAUAAACCUCUUACGCCAACAACAUCAUCUCCUAGAAUGAUGAUACUUAUGUCAAGAGAAAGAAAAGCGUCAUUAGACACAAAAGAAGGUGAAGAUACUUUAUCAAAUCAAGUAAGAAAUUUAUUAAAAGAAAACUUUACUCAAAUGCAAGAGAUAAAUAUUUUAAAAGAAGGACUUGAAGAAGCAAGACUAGCAAAUAUUAGACAAGCUGAUCUUUUAAAAACCCAAACGGUAUUUACUGAAAUUAAAUCAAAGAAAACAUUAAGUGAAGAAGAAGUUGAUCAAUUUAUUGAAGUAUUAACAAAGCUAAUUGAUAAUAAAUCAAAAGAAACAAGAGAAGCAAUGGCAUUAGGUAUUUAUGGAAUUGUUAAAAUUCAUAUUCCAAAAACACAAAAUGCUACAUUAAGGAAAUCAUUAUGUGGUAAAACUAAAUUUAAAUAUAGUACUAGACGUAAAUCAGCAGAUAUGACUCCUUUAGAUAUUAAAAUUGAAUCAGCUGAAAUGGAACUCUCAAUUAAUCAAUUUGCUAAGGAUGAAUUUCAUUAUUUUCAGGGAUUAGUAGAAUUUAAUGAAAUUUAUGUAAAAGCUUUAUUAGCAACAUCUACGUAUAAAAAACUUGGAGAACAAAUUAGUAGGGUGUUAACUCCUUUAAUAACAUUAAGUAGAAAUAUUGUUAAUGGAUUAGAAGAGUCUAUAUCAAGAGAAAGAACAGUUCCAAUAGGUGAAUUAAUGAAAAAAUAUUUGGACAAUUUUAAUGUGUUUACUGAGUAUUUCUCUAAUUAUCAAACAAUGACUAAAACAUUCCCUGAUAUCCAAGAGAAUCUUGAAUUAAAUAAACAAGUUGUACUGUGUAUAUCUGCUUAUGUACAAACUCAAAGAGAUGCUUCUAUAUCUAAUGGAUCAAACCAAAACUUUACUCCACCAUUACCACAAUCACCAGCAACUUACCUUCAUUUCCCAAUUUCAAGGUUAGAAGAAUAUGUUAAGUUUUUUGCAGCAACAAUCAAACAAUCAGCUCCAAUUAACAGUGAUUAUUCUUCAUUAAAUGAAUGUUAUGAAGCAUUAAAAACAAUACAUAAGUCAUCAUUGUCAUUACUUCAAACAGCAGCUUCCUCAGAUGAUUUAUCACUGGUUGAAAUGAUUUUACGAAAAUCUACUGGCGCUUUGAUUCAAAAAAGAAGAAAGCUGUUAUACUACGGGUUAUUAAUUCCUAUUAAUGAUGAAUUUCCUAAAAAAGGACCAAGGCUAUGUUUCUUGAUGAGUGACAUGCUUCUUAUUACAGUUAUCAAAAAAGUUAAUGAUGUUCCUGUAGAUGAUGGGUGGGUUAUGAGAAAAUUUACCUCCUCAAUAGAAUGGACUAAAAAAGAUCUUAUGUCAUUAGUUAUUAAUGAAGAAAUUAGAAUUGAAUUAAAUCCACCAGUUACAAGUUUAAUUGUUAGUGAUGGCGAAGUUCACAAUGCAUUUUUAGUAAUUCAAAAUGACAUAAAACUUCAUUUUAUUGCAUGUUCAGAGUGUAAUAGAGAUAAGUGGUUGAAUUUAAUUGAGUCUUUGUAA